GCCAAAAAAACAUUUGUAAAAUAAAACUGUUUACUGUUCACUGCCAGCCAUGCAAACCAGCUGCUCUUCUCCCACAUGAGCCAUCUCCGAUUGCAACUGCACCAGCAGCGGCGUCAACAUGCGGAUUGUCCUCUUCGUGUUGGUCAGUCGCUAGUGUCAGCUCGUCGUCGCAAGAUGUGCAGAGGUCUGGGCUUUAGCACCGGCUUUGUAGCGUUCUGCGCUUUCAUCUGCUGCUUUGGUGCUCUGCGCAUGCUCAAUAAUAUCGUGUACGUUAACCAGGAUGUGGCAAUGAACACCGAUUACAAGCUGGCGGCACCGAUCGGCGGUGGCAGCACUAGAUGUCAGCGCACGUUCAUCGUAGACAGUGCGGGCAAUGCGCAUCUCACCUGGCUGGAGCUCUUCUACAUGAAGUGGACGCUGGUGCUGACCAUUUUCUAUUCGUUCGUCGUGAUGGUACUAAUACGCGCCCAAUAUCUGAGCCACUUUAAUAUUAAUUUCAUAACCUCCAAUGCGAUGAUGCUAGUCGGCGGCGUCCUCUCGGUGGUGCUCUUCAUUGCCACGGUCAUACUCCACGAGCGCAUGCCCUUUUCGGAGCUCUCGUGCAAUGAGUAUAUAGUCGGAUUCAUGUACUUCAUAGCCAUCAAUAUAUGUGUUGCUGUCGUCUUUUUCAUGAUCCAUUCCUGUCAAUAUUAUUUCCAAUUGGACAGUCACGCCUUUUGAAGGCUAAAACUACAAAUUUGAAUAAUUUGAAAAUAAUACAAG